UAUUCAUCGCAUGAAAGUCCUUCCCGUCAACGCGGCUAAUAACCUGGAAUCGCUUCGGCAGAGCAGGCCAGACCUUGCCGGUGAGUGAGCGAGAGAGGGAGGUGAUGGCCCCCAACUCGUUCGUGCCUUGUUGCCUGCGUGUUACAGGCAGUAAUAGAAGGCCGGGGUUUUCUUCACGGCCUCUUCGGUCCGCGAUUGAGGCAGAGGCGGUGGUGGCAUCGUCGUCACGGCCGCUAUCAUCCAUCUCUACCUUAUCAAGAACCAAUUACGAAGUGUUCUUGAGUUUUAGAGGUCCUGAUACUCGCCAGGGAUUUGCAGAUUACCUCUUCCGUGACCUGAUUCAUGCAAGGAUCAUGGUCUUUAAAGACGAUGAAGAACUUGAUCCUGGAGAAAAUGUCCCUGAUGCAUUGGUUCAAUCCAUUAAGCAAUCCAAGAUAUCAAUACCUAUUCUCUCCCAGGAUUAUGCAAAUAGUAAGAGUUGUCUCAUGGAAUUGGCCCAAAUGGUCGAAUGCCAAGAAGCAGGCACUCAAAUGGUUGUCCCCAUUUUCUAUAAUGUUAGCCCCGCUGAUUUAAAAUACCAACUAAACUGUGUUGGGGAGGCCUUCCGUAAGCACGAGGAGCGUGGAGUUGACCGCAUGGUCAUUGAUAAUUGGAAGCAGGCUCUCAAAAAGAUUGCUGACAUGGAGGGGUACGAUUUGCUGAAUACAAACAUACGUUAUGGUGCACUCAUAGACAAAGUUGUUACGGAUAUUCUAGAGUUGUUGAAAAAGAAUGAUUUAGUAGUGAAGAACGGUUUAGUGGGCAUGGAACUCCACGUACAGGAGGUUAUGAAAAAGCUUGGUGUCAUCUAUGUCAAUGAGCAAGUAAUCGGAGUACAUGACAAAGAUGUACGUGUGCUUGGGAUAGUGGGCAUGCCAGGGAUUGGCAAGACUACCCUUGCAAAGGUUGUGUACAACAAAAUCCAUCAUCUCUUUCAAUGUUGUAGUUCUCUUUCCAAUGUUCGAGAAAAUGGCACGUCCGAUAAUCUCAUCAUGGGCCUGCAAAAACAGUUAAUCUCACACCUCCGAAGGAAGGAGUAUACAAAUCUAAGAACUCUUGACCAAAUGACUAAUUUCAUAAAAAGUGCAUUUAGCGAAAUGAAAGUUCUCAUUCUCCUUGAUGAUGUGCAUCAUUUUGACCAAAUCAGGCAUUUAGUUGGGGAUCUAAAUUGGUUUGGCCCUGGAAGCAGGAUUCUCAUGACAGUUGGGAAUAUUGAUGUUCUUGAUGGUUAUGGAGAUGGAGUGGGUGAUAAGUACGAAGUCGGACAAAUGAGGACUGAUCAAGCUUUUGAACUUUUCUGCAUGCGUGCUUUUAGUGGGUAUACUUGCGAAGAGGAGGAUGAGUAUGAUCGUCUGGCCAGACGCAUUGUUGAAACUAUUGGAGGGAUUCCUUUGGCAAUUGAAGUAACAGCUUCAUACUUGCGUAGCAAAAGGGGGAAUAUAGAAAUAUGGAAAGCUGUAUUGCGGAGAUUAACGACAAGGCCAGCAGAUGAAGUCCAUGAAUUGAUCAAAGGAAACUAUGACUCUUUAAAGGGAGACACGAGAAAGAUAUUUCUCGAUAUCGCAUGUUUUUUCAUCGGAAUGGAUGCGAGAAUUCCCUCAUACAUGUGGGAUGCAUGUGACUACUAUUCUCCAAUUGGAAUCGAGUUACUUCGUAACAUGAGUUUCAUCAAAAUAGGAGAAAAUAAUGAAUUAUGGAUGCAUAAUGAGCUAACAAAAUUUGGCAGGGAAAUUGUUAGGAGGGAAAAUGAAAAUGAGCCUCGAGAGCGUAGUAGGUUAUGGAAUCACAGUGAUGCACUUUCCACGCUUAAGGGAGCACAGAGUACUAGAAAGGUGGAAGCCCUUGGUCUCAUAUUUGAUGAGGGACAAAGUGAAUGUUUUACACGUGAAGAAUUUAGCCAUCUACAGAGCUUGAGGUUUUUGAGAUUGGACAAGGCUACUGUUGGAGGGAUUUCUGAGAAUGUUCUUCCAAAUUCACAGUGGCUUGGCUAUAUACGACACUGGUUGAGAUUGGACCGGGCUACUGUUCGAGGGAGUUCUCAGAAUGUUCUUCCAAAUUUAAGGUGGCUUGAUUGGCAAGGUUGCAGUGACAUCUCUGAACUGCUGAUUUUCUGUUUGGAGAAACUGGUCAUUCUUGAUCUGUCUCGCAGUUUGGUCACUGGAGAUCCAAAAGUAUGGGAACAAAUCCUGAAGAUGGCAAAGGAACUGAAAGUUUUGAACCUAAGUGGCUGUUGUAACCUGAAUAUUUUUUUACGCUUCCCUGCUUCUGUGGAUUUACAGAGUUUGGACUUACAGAGAUUAGUUCUGGAACAUUGUUCCGUACUAUCCCAAAUUGGUCCAUUUAUAGGUAAUCUAAAGAACUUAGUCUCCUUAAAUCUUAAGUUCUGCAAAUUCAUCAGCGACUUGCCGCAAGAACUGUGUCAUAUGAUAGAUUUGGAAGAACUUCUGAUUGAUGGAACUGCCAUUAGGGAGAUUGAUUUCAAACCAGCCUCCAUGAAGAAACUUGAGAUUCUGAGCGCUUGCCAAUGUGAAAGAUUGACUCUUAUAUCAGACUCUAUUGGUCACUUGGAAUCUCUUGUGCAUCUUCGACUGGAAGGUGCCGCUAUUGAAUGGCUACCAGAUUCUAUUGAGUCCUUAAAGAAACUUCGGAGCCUGCUUCUGGGAAAUUGUCAGAAUUUACUUGAGCUUCCUCUUUCCAUUGGGAAUCUCAAGUCACUUGAAGUCAUGGAUCUAUCGAGCACCAGGGUUGUUAGUUUACCUACGUCCGUCAAGCAUCUGAAAAAUUUGAAAGUGCUGAAGAUGGAGAAGACUCACUUACAAGAAUUCCCCAAUGAAAUAACAGAUCUAGAAAAGCUGGAAGAGAUAGAUCUUUCAGAAUGCCGGACUCUGAAGGGGUUGAUUUACUGUGAUAUGAGAGGCUUAUCCUCUUUGAAAAUCUUGAGAUUAUCAUCUACCGGGAUUUCUGGCCUACCCUUGACCCUUGGAUUGCUCUCUGAUCUCCGACAACUAGAUUUAAGGGGAUGUGACGAACUUCGGUAUUUGCAAGAACUUCCAUCUAGUUUAAGUAUUCUUCGCUGGGGAUCCAAAAUCAUGUGGACUGUGCCAGACCUUUCUUUCUUAAGAAACUUGAAAGAGCUGUACUUGGGUGAUAACUUUAGUCCUACUGAUCCAAUGCAAAAUUCUUCCCCUGAGCCACCACAGAUUGGAUGGUUAGCAAGACUAGCGAGUCUAGAAAUCUUGAAGUUGUGCCACUCAAAGAUUACCAAGCUACCUGAACAUUUUAGUAAACUUAAACUUAGAAAACUUGUUUUGCACCACGCAUGCUUGUAUGACCUUGGGGAGCUACCCUCUAGCUUAUCGGUAUUGUGCCUUCAUAGCUGCAUGAUUCAAUGUUCACUAUUUUCGAUGGUGACAGAUCUGUCUGAAUUAAAACUCAAACGCUGUCACCUGGCAGAGACUGUCAAUCUUAAAGAUUUGAGGCGAUUGGAAUUUCUGAAAAUAUCCAACUGCUAUGUGGAAAAACUUGAUGGGCUGGAAAAAUUGCCUCGUUUUAAAAGGCUCACUUUAUUCAACAGCCCUUCAUUGAUUGGAUUACCAGAUCGAACAAAUUGUAAGUUCGAAAUUGAUGUGUACAAUUUCCCAGUAGAACAAUAGUCAGCAGUUAUGGUGCUCGCACCUGUGGUCAGAACACGGUGGAAAUUGCUUCAAGAAUGAUUCCAACUUCAAUAAAAGUUUGGAGGCCUUUCUGAAAGAUAAAUGAUGCACCAGUUGGUCUCUUUCUGUUUCGGCUAAGACACUGCCUACGGUCGAGCUUCUGUGCAGCGUCCUCUCCACCUCGUGUGGGCUUGGAACUUCUCUGAUUGGUAGGCCCGUCCUUGGGGGCUUGGACAGGCAAGUUGGUGCUUUGAAAUCUUUUGCCAGCUUUCGAUUCUAAUUUCUCAUUUCUUUCAUUUAUUUUCUAUUCUUUUAGUGAAAAAAAAUGCAUAAACGGUAACUGGAGCACAGAAUCCAAUAUAAUACUAACAACAGAAAAGUUGAUGUUGGAUAAUUUAAUUUGCCAGUGCUUUGUGUGUGGAAUCAUGAAACAUUCUUGGCAUUUUUAAUUUAUCUAUUGUUCGCUCAUUUUUG